GAGAGAGAGGGAGAAGGAGGUGGAGGAGGAGCAGAAGGCACCCUCAUGGGCACUAAAGGAAAGACAGAGAAAGUGACACGCAGAGUGACAGAUUGACUAACCCCAACCUCAGACAGCGUAAGGAGAAUCCAGAUGCCACAUGGUGUUGUGGAGGGAAUCAAGACAUAGCAACUGGCCCGGCUGUGAUCAGUCUGAAUCUGCCAAGGACUGAGACCAGCAUAGCGAGUCACUACUUGGACAAUGGACAAUCACAACCAAGAUGCUGAGGAAGAGGGGGCAGAGGACGGCAAAAAGCUAUUCAUCAGCAUGGAGGAGAGCGACAAGCAGAGCAAGGAGCAGCGCAACAAGGCAGAGAAGGGCGAGGAGGAGCAACUGGGUCUCUCGGAGAAGGAGGGCAAGCGUGAUAGCAAGCGCUCCGGCUCGUGGCGUGGCGGCUGUGCGCUGACGGAGCGCCUGGCGAUCAACGUGUCGGGCAUGCGCUACGAGACGCAGCUGCGCACUCUGGCGCAGUUCCCCGACUCGUUGCUGGGCGACCCACGCCGCCGCCUUCGCUACUUCGACCCGCUGCGCAACGAACUCUUCCUGGACCGCAGCCGCGUCUGCUUCGACGCCAUCCUCUAUUUCUACCAGUCGGGCGGGCGCCUGCGCAGGCCUGCCAACGUGCCGCUGGAUGUCUUCAUGGAGGAGCUGCGCUUCUACGAGCUGGGCGAGGAAAUCGUGGCACGCUUCAAGGAGGACGAGGGCUUCCCCAAGGAGGUGCCCAACCCGCUGCCUGAUAAUGAGCUUCAACGAAAGCUGUGGAUGCUGUUUGAGCACCCGGAGUCGUCCGGCAGCGCACGCAUCAUCGCCAUCAUCAGUGUCAUGGUCAUCGUGGUGUCCAUCCUCAUCUUCUGCCUGGAGACGCUGCCCGACUUCAGGGCGGAGAAGGAGCUUCGAGAGCAAUUCAAAACGGUACCUCAUCCUCACAUCCCCAACGCCACCAUUUUGGUGCCUCCAGACACCACGCCCUUCGACGACCCCUUCUUCGUGGUGGAGACGCUGUGCAUCUGCUGGUUCUCCUUUGAGCUCGGCAUGCGCUUCAUGUGCUCGCCUAGCAAGACGAGCUUCUUCAAGGACGUGAUGAACGUCAUCGACUUCUUCGCCAUCAUUCCCUACUUCGUCACGUUGGGCACUGAGCUGGCCAGCAAGGGGGGCCCCCCACCCUCCGUGUCACUCGCCAUCAUCCGUGUCAUCCGUCUGGUGAGGGUCUUCCGGAUCUUCAAGCUCUCCCGCCACUCCAAGGGCCUGCAGAUCCUUGGUCAGACGCUGAAGGCCAGUCUGCGCGAGCUGGCACUGCUGAUCUUCUUCCUCUUCAUCGGCGUCAUCCUCUUCUCCAGCGCUGUCUACUUCGCCGAGGUGGACUACCCCGACACGGCAUUCACCAGCAUCCCCGAAGCCUUCUGGUGGGCCGUGGUCUCCAUGACGACGGUGGGCUACGGCGACAUGUACCCGAUUACGGUGGGUGGCAAGCUGGUGGGCUCCAUGUGUGCCAUCGCCGGCGUGCUCACCAUCUCCCUGCCCGUGCCCGUCAUUGUCUCCAACUUCAGCUACUUCUACCACCGCGAGACGGAGUGCGUGGAUAGCUCUGAGUUCACCCACGUCAAGACCUCGCUCUGGGAGGAUGAGGACGCUGAAGGAGAGGAGGAGUACGAGGACAGGGAGGGCAUGGAAGGAGAGAGCGACUACACGCCCCUGGAAGGGGGCGGAGGUGGCAGCGGUGGCAUGGGGCCUGGUUACAGGGGCAUCUGUGGCCCUCUUAACGGCACACUGCUGGCGGGACUUUGCGCGGGGCAGGGUGAAGACCUCAGGGGAGGAAACGUGUACCUGCGGGAGCCACUGGUAACACAGGUAUGAGGGAUGACAAAGCGAUAGGAGGAAGGAGAUAGAGAUUGAAAAGCAGUCACUUUGGGCGGACACAGACUUGUAUGUUCUGUCUCAGAUAUGAAAGAAGAAAGCGGAAGAGAAGCAAAGGGUGGACUCUGACGUAUGCUACUUACACAAUGACUGACUUAGACUUUUCAUGGUACGCACAUCAAACAGGGAUGGCUAUGAAAAAAUAUGUUUCAAAAUGUUCCAUAUUACUGUUAAAACACUUAACAGGCUCUAUAGCUCAAUGUCAUCACACAUUAAAACUCAAACACGAAAGUUACAACAUAAAAUAUUUAUAUUUGUCUACCAUUUGUACUUGUAGAUGUUAUCUGAAUUUGAGGAAAAAAUAGAGAAUAGAACUCUGAGUUAUUUUGAAUUGUAGUACUGUUUUAGUGUUUACAGGAUUUGCUAUUGGAAAUGUCAUCGCUGCAGUGUUAUAAAAUACAAAUAAAUACACAAAUAAACAUGUAAAUACAAAUAUUUAUCUUAAAAUACAUGGUCUCAAAUAUGAGGGAACAGUUUCUCCAAUGGUGUUAACUGACUUUUUAUAGCUGUCUCACUGGCACGUUGCAGAGGUCAAUCUGGAGUUGUAUAUGAACCUUAUCUGUAGACACUGGUUUGUUGUCAUAACAACUGUCAUCAUCAAAGGGGCAAUGGUAACUAAACCAUAAGUCUUAAGCGCAUAAGCCCCUACUGGUGAAUGACACUUACACAGAUAUUACAUUACAAUGUGUUAUACAGCCAGCCAAUGAGGAUCAUAAUGUACUGUGUAAGUGUAAGUGUAAGUGAAAGUGUAUUUUACUUGUAUGAUUCUGGAAAAUUCUGCUCAUGUACUAGAAUGUGAGCAAUUGCACAGACUGGAGAUUUGUAUUAUGUGGCUGCGUGAGCUUGUGCAAGUGUGUGCUUGUCUGGGUGUGUGUGUGUGUGUGUGUUUGUGUGUGUGUGUGAGUGAGUGAGUUUGUACAGUACUUUGUGGACUGUCAAUGUGAUAGUUGUGUGGACAUUAACAGGCCUGUGUGUGUGUUCUUAGAUGACGUAAAUGUGUUUAAUAAAGACUACGUCUAUCACCUUAA